AUGAUUCCACGAAUAAGCCAUUCGGUUUUACGCCAGACGCGCGCUCAAUUACGAUCGAAGAAUGGCCCAACUCCCGUUGCAUCGCUGUCCGCUCUUGCUCGACUGCUGUCAUCAUUAGCUGUUCUCGAGCAGAAGGAUGGCAAACUCAACCACAGUUCUCUCGGUGCAGUGACUGCAGCGCUGAAGUUGGGUGGAUCGAUUACUGGGUUCGUUGCCGGCGGGAAUAUAAAGGCGGUAGCAGAGGAAGCAGCAAAAGUUAAAGGACUUGAGAAGAUAAUUGCGGUAGACAAUGCUGCGUAUGAUAAGGGACUGCCAGAGAACUAUGCCCCGUUACUUGCAGAGAACAUUAAGAAGGGUGGCUUCACACAUGUCAUUGCGGGCCAUACUGCGUUUGGAAAGGGUCUCCUGCCCCGCGUUGCGGCGUUACUUGAUGUCCAACAGAUAUCAGACAUCACAGCGAUUGAGGACGAGAAGACCUUUGUACGCCCUAUUUAUGCCGGAAAUGCAAUUGCCACCGUCGAAUCGUCCGAUGAGAUCAAGGUCAUUACAAUUAGAGGAACCGCGUUCCCAGCAGCUGAGGCGGAAGGUGGAUCCGCAUCAAUCGAAGAUGGAGUGGACCCCAAGGCAGCAUGCCCUACCGAAUGGGUCUCAGAAGACCUUGCAAAGUCAGACAGACCUGAUCUGGCGACAGCGGGCAAGGUUGUAUCUGGUGGCCGGGGAUUAAAGUCUAAGGAGGAAUUCGACCGCAUCAUGCUGCCGUUAGCAGAUGCCCUGGGAGCGGCGGUUGGUGCUUCAAGAGCAGCAGUGGACAGCGGCUAUGCGGACAACAGUCUUCAAGUGGGGCAGACUGGAAAAGUGGUAGCCCCUCAAUUAUAUCUGUGUGCGGGCAUUUCAGGAGCUAUCCAACAUUUGGCCGGCAUGAAGGACAGCAAGGUCAUUGCCGCGAUCAACAAGGAUGCUGAUGCGCCUAUUUUCCAAGUUGCUGAUGUUGGGCUGGUGGGAGAUCUGUUUGAAAAGGUACCAGAACUUACUGAGAAGCUUAAACAGUAA